ACACCACAGACACACGAUGGGGUACGGGUGGCUGCUGUCGGCAGCGGCCGCGGCCGCGCUGGCGUCGUGUGUGUUCGACGCGCUGGUGCGGCUCGUGUGGCGGCCGCGCGCGGUGGCGCGGCGGCUCCGGGCGCAGGGCGUGCGCGGGCCCGGGUACAGCUUCUUCGACGGCAACCUCAGCGAUAUCAGGCGGCUCCGCGCCGCGGGCGCCGGCGUGAAGCUCGACGUCGCCGACCACGACUUCACCCCCAUCGCGCAGCCGCAGUUCCGGGAAUGGAUCCCCCUCUACGGGCGCGUGUUCUUGUACUGGUUCGGCUCCACGCCCGACAUCUGCGUGGCCGACUACGCCAUGGCCAAGCAGGUGCUCGCGGACCGGACGGGGCUGUUCCCCAAGAACCGGAUGAACGCGAACCUGCUCCGGCUCCUCGGCGAGGGGCUCGUGCUGGCCAACGGCGACGACUGGCAGCGCCACAAGAAGGUCGUGCACCCGGCCUUCAACAUGGACAAGCUCAAGAUGAUGACAGCGACGAUGGCGGAUUGCGCCCGGUCGAUGGUGACCCGAUGGGAGGCGCAGCUGGCGAGUCAGCGGGAGAAGGGGUGUCAACAGGUGACGAUCGAGCUGAGCGACGAGUUCGAGGAGCUGACUGCGGACGUGAUCUCUCACACGGCCUUCGGGAGCAGCUACAAGGAAGGGAAGCAGGUGUUCCAGGCACUCAAGGAGCUGCAGUUCAUCACCUUCUCGACACUUUUCAGUGUCCAAAUUCCAGGGUUCAGGUAUCUCCCAACUGAGAAGAACCGGAGGGUGUGGAAACUCGACAGGGAGGUGAGGGCCACGCUCACGAAGAUCAUCAGGAACAGGCUCGCCGCUAAGGACAAGGCAGGAUACGGCAACGACCUGCUCGGGCUCAUGCUGGAGGCCUGCGCGCCGGAGCACGGCGGCGACCAGCUCCUGAGCAUGGACGAGAUCAUCGACGAGUGCAAGACCUUCUUCUUCGCGGGGCAGGAGACCACCUCGCACCUGCUCACCUGGGUUUUGUUCCUUCUCAGCACGCACCCGGAGUGGCAGGACAAGGUCCGGGAGGAGGUGCGGAGGGAGUGCGGCGGCGACAAAGACCGGGCGCCAACGCACGACAUGCUCAACAAGCUCAAGCUGAUGAACCUGUUCGUUCUGGAGACGCUGAGGCUGUACAGCCCGGUGCCGCUCAUCCGGCGGAGGACGAGGACGGCGGUGGAGCUGGGCGGCAUCGUGGUGCCCGGGGACGCGAUCCUGACGCUGCCGAUCGCGACGAUGCACCGGGACAAGGAGGUGUGGGGCGACGACGCCGGCGAGUUCAACCCGCUGCGGUUCGACGGCGGCGUCACCAAGACGGCGCCCAAGAACCUGAGCGCGCUGCUGGCCUUCUCCAGCGGGCCGAGGUCGUGCAUCGGGCAGAACUUCGCGAUGGUCGAGGUGAGGGCCGUGGUCGCCGCCAUCCUGCAGCGGUUCAUGCUGACGCUCUCGCCGGAGUACGUGCACGCGCCGACAGACGUCAUAACGCUGCGCCCCAAGCACGGGCUCCCCAUGAUCGUCACAAGGGCCGAUGCGUAGUCAACUCUGUCACCGCCGAACAGUGCUGUACAAUAGUAUAAGUAGUUUGUCAUCCCAUAAAAAGUUGUAGUUUGCCAUGAAUAAACACAUCGCUAGGUUUGCCCAUUUUAAAAUGUACUGAUAUCUAGUACUAGGUAUAUCUAGUACUGAUAUCAGUCAAGGAUUGUGCAGAUUUUUCAUAUCCGGUCGAUUCAGAGAAAACGAUGCGUGGGCGAA